GUCAGUAAAAAAGAAGAAGAUUAUGUAAACAAGAGAGCCACAGGCGAGUCGGGGAAGUGUGUCACUGGAAGGCUGCUCCCAAGGAUAAAGGAGGCGCGGAUUUUCUUUUUUUUUUUUGUACGAACCAGCGAUGCUUCGAACCGCAGCUUUGACUCGGCAGUUAAUAAGGAGGCCGCGGCAAGCUAGUCGAGUCUUGAGCUACGUGCAAGGGCAGAGCCCGGAGCCCCGAGUACGCGAAUACUUCUAUUAUGUGGACCACCAGGGCCAGCUGUUCCUGGAUGACUCAAAAGUCAAGAACUUUAUCAGUUGCUUUAAAGAUCAACAUUUCCUAGCCUUCUUCUUCUCACGCCUGCAAAGAAAUGAGAUUGGUCGGUACCAGGAUUCAUUCCCAUUCCUGUCUCUGUGUGGCAGGGAACGUAACUUCCUACGCUGUGAAGACCGGCCAGUCGUGUUUACUAAGAUCUUGAUGAGAGGAUCCGAUGCUGAGCUCCUUUCCUAUUGUGGAGGUUCAGAACGUUUGGCAGUGCCCUUUCGACCAGAAGCGCUGUAUAUGCACCCUGUAAAUGGCCGUUUAUAUCAUCCAUGCCCAGAGCGAAGUGGCGCUGUUGGACUGGUCCGCUCUGCACUUGCCAUUGAGUUAAGUCCUUGUUUUGAAUACCAGCAAGGCCAGGCUCCCUCAGGGCAACCAACUCAUUUCCACUGGGCACACCAUUGCUAUGAAUUAACAAACGAACUUGGUGAAGUUUUCAAUCAACUCAAGGAAAAGGAAUCGUGGUGGCCCAGUGCCAGCUGAUUAUUAUAUCAAUGUCAUGGAGAAGAUGAACGGUGAAGUCCAAGCCUACCUGAAAAGUAUUAAAUCCUGCUGGUAAAGCAGGCACUCAGUACAGUGGACAUGUUCAAGAGCUCGGCUGUAUUGUCUUGUAUAAGUGUCUGAUGUUUCCUUUAGUCACAGUGUCUGUGUUUGGUGGGAAUUAUUGGUGGGUUCACCUGUAAUGUGCCAAGUCAUUCAUGGCUCAGUAUAAAAGGUGGGUAACUGUGUUUUCAGCGGCAGACAUUGUUAGAGAAGUUGGAGCUGCUGUGACAAUUGUAGGAAAUCUGAACCUGGUUGUAAGAGAACAGGGUGAGAGGACAAUCCAAAGAUUUGCCAGGAGGGGAAAAAAUACAUAUUUAUAUUCAACUAUUUCUAAAAUGGUGAAAUCUACAACUCAGAAAUUUAAAUUUCAUCUGUGUUAUUUUUGCAGCAGCAACCUGAAACCAACUGUAUAAAACUUGCUUUAUUUUUUUCUUGCUUAUUAACCAAGAGAAGAAAACACAAAAUCUGCAAAAUGGAUGUCAUGUAUGUAGUUUUUAAUUACAGUUUCUUCUCAAUUGUCACUGCAAAAUUAAAAAUGAAAAAGUGAUAAGUAGUGAUUAUUUGCCCUUAAAAAUACAGUAUUUUACUUUUACCUUGCAGCAUUUCUCAACCAGUAAAGGAAAAUGGCAUUUAACUUGA